AUGGCAUCGAACCACAGCUUCCAAAUUCCAGACCUCGUCGCGAUCAUCUCGCCCCUCGAGCUUCGGACGAACAAGAACUGUCGUUUCGCGACAGACACCUCGGAGAAGUGGAUGACGGAAGAACUGUCUGGUGUUUUCUCUCCCAAGGAGUUGAAGGUCCUUCAUGCGACGAAAAUUGGACUCCUAGCCGCGCUCUGCUUUCCAACUUGUGACGGAACCCAACUGCGUCUGCUGGUAGAUGUCAUGACGAUGAUUUUCUACUCCGGUCAACGAGCUUACACGCCAGGCUCGAAGAGGAUGCGUUCCUUGUGGCAAGAUACAGCUUUCAGUGAAUCUGUAAACCCACCCAGCAACGGGAUGGAGAUCCUCAGGCGACAGGACUUACUGAAACAUGUUCUCGAUCCACAUAUCACCCGCCUCACCAAACAGGCCCCCGAUACAUGGAAUCAGCGUUUUCUCAAAUCCGUACAAGAUUAUCGUAACGUUCAAGCCGCCGUCGUCUCGAAACACUCAGAAAACAAGACACCUACACUUGAAGAGUACUUCGAGACGCGUCGUCAGAUGUACGGGGCGAGCAUGGUUCUCGACCUCGCUGAACUUCUGGAAAUCUUCAAAUUGCCUGAGCUUCAAGGAUCCAAUGCCGAUCAUCUGGUCAAACUCAUCCAAGCAGCUUUCGAUGUGAUUGGCUGGUCUCUGGACGUCGUAGCAUAUCAGCUCGACCAUACCCGCGGCAACACCUAUAACCUCAUCGAGGUGCUUAUGGCACAGAAGAAUCUCUCCCUCCAAGGAGCAAUGAACCUCUCCGGAACCAUGCUCAAAGAGGCAUUCACUUCAUUCCGUGAGCACGAACGCCUCCUCUUCGAUGCCCUCGACCCCCAGAAGUCACUCCAGAUCCCGCUCAUCGCGUGGAUGUUCGCUCGUGAAGCACCCUCCGCUGAGGAGGCUGCUGCUACGCGGGAGAGCGUGCAACGGUUCGUCACGGCCAUGAAGGAUUGGAUCGUCGGUAUCGUCCACUGGGCUUACGAGACAGAGUUGUUCUUUGGGAAGAAGGGUGGGGAGAUCAGGAUGUUUGGGUGGGUUUUUACUGAGUAG